CCUAAUUGGCUAAGAGGAGCGUGAGUGAGCCUAUCAAGAAGAGCCAGGGGGCGGGCUCGAGCUGCCCAUUGGCCGAAGGCUCUUCACUCGGGCUGCAGGCGGACGGAGCGGAGGAAGCGGCCGCGAGGCGUGCAACCUGCGCGAGGGAUGGAGGCGGUGGCCGCACAGCCUCUCACACCUAGUCGGCACGCACAUCCAGAGCCUGGAAACCUGUCUGGCGUCCGGCACAUCGUCCUCAUCCUCUCGGGAAAGGGGGGAGUCGGGAAAAGCACCAUCUCCACCGAGCUGGCCCUGGCCCUGCGUCACGCAGGCAAGAAGGUGGGGAUCCUCGAUGUGGACCUGUGUGGCCCCAGCAUCCCCUGCAUGCUCCGGGCACAGGGCAGGGCCGUGCACCAGUGUGACAGUGGCUGGGUGCCCGUCUUCGUGGACCAAGAGCAGAAGGUCUCCCUCAUGUCUGUGGGUUUCCUGCUGGAGAAGCCGGAUGAAGCUGUGGUGUGGAGAGGCCCCAAGAAGAACGCUCUCAUAAAGCAGUUUGUGUCUGACGUGGCCUGGGGACAGCUGGACUACCUGGUUGUGGACACGCCCCCAGGAACCUCUGAUGAGCACAUGGCUGCCGUGGAAGCCCUCCGACCCUACAGCCCCCUGGGGGCCAUCGUGGUCACUACGCCCCAGGCGGUGUCUGUGGGGGAUGUGAGGCGGGAGCUGACCUUCUGUAGGAAGACAGGGCUGCGAGUGAUCGGCAUCGUGGAGAACAUGAGCGGCUUUGUCUGCCCACACUGCACCGAGUGCACCAACGUCUUCUCCAGGGGAGGCGGUGAGGAGCUGGCCAGACACGCCGGAGUCCCCUUCCUAGGCUCUGUGCCCCUGGACCCCAAGCUCACGAGGAGCCUGGAGGAGGGCCGAGACUUUAUCCAAGAGUUCCCCCACAGCCCCGCCUUUCAAGCACUCUCCGCCAUAGCCCAGAAGGUUUUGGAGGCACCUGCCCAGCUCUCCUGACCAAGGCCUCUCCUGGCGCCACUGUGGGGCUGCGGCUCACACUCAGCAGAGGUCCUGGUGCGGUUCCUGGAACCUGCAGGGCUGGCCUGUAGGGCUGUCACGGUGUGGACCUCCCCCUGCCCGGGCCCUUGUGAGGCGUUUGGUGCUUCAGCAGCAGCUGGGCACCAGAGCCACUGCCAGCGAGUGGUCUGCUGGCUUGGCCUGUUGCAGGCCCUGGGGAGAGCGAGGGGUUUAGUGCCAUGGCCUGAGCUCGGUGCCUGCGCGUUCGCUCUUCAUGCCGUGGCGCUCACAUGCCCCAGACGGGCAGGCCACUCCUGAUACCUCCACAUUGUCCACAAAGCUUGUGGGUCUGUAGGUUGGCUGGGGACUUUGUCGUCCUCAAGUGCCUGGCUGCUGGUGGGGCUGUGAGUGAUUGUGAUUGAGGACGGGAGCACCCUGUAAGGUAGUAACUUCAGAGCCCACAAUUAAAUGUGUCCUGCCACCAUG